AUAUGCGCCUCGUAGGUUCGCUUCCCGAUCCUCCGAUCAUUGAUUUUUCUUCCCAAUCCCUCGGGUUUUUCUUCUCGCUUUCCGUCUCUCUCAUUUUCCCUUCUCGAUUCUUGAUCUGUUCUUCGUCGUCUUCCCUUUGAUCGAUCCGUUUCCAUCCGUUUCUGGUGACAUUCGUGUGGUUCUCAAUGCGUUAGGCAUCGGUUCAGGGAGUAAUUGGCGAGGCGCUCGAUGGCGGAGGGAUUGGCGAGGGGGAACGGGCAACUGGCCAAGAUGGACUCAACCGAAUCCAGAUGGGCCGCCCGGGACCAGGAGGAUUCGGAGGACGAUUCGGAGGAGGAAGGGGAGGAAUCGUCGCGGAGGAUGAGCCUGUAUUCCGAUGAGGAAGAGGACAAUGUGGAGCAGAGGCUGAUCCGCACCGGCCCCCGGAUAGAUUCCUUCGAUGUCGAGGCUCUCGAGGUCCCUGGUGCACACAGGAAUGACUUUGAGGAUGUUAGUCUGGGAAGACAGAUAGUGCUUGCACUUCAGACACUUGGAGUUGUAUUUGGGGAUGUUGGGACAAGCCCAUUGUACACUUUCGAUGUCAUGCUUAAUAAGUAUCCUCUUAUUGAGAAGGAAGAUGUUCUAGGAGCACUCUCUCUUGUUUUGUAUACAUUGAUUCUCAUACCACUUGUGAAGUACACCUUGGUUGUUCUUUGGGCCAAUGAUGAUGGUGAAGGGGGGACCUUUGCUUUAUAUUCUUUGAUCUGUAGAAAUGCAAAGGCCAGCCUUCUUCCAAAUCAAUUGCCUUCUGAUGCUCGCAUAUCGAGCUUCAGGCUCAAGGUUCCAUCAGCAGAGCUGGAAAGGUCUCUAAAACUCAAGGAGUAUCUUGAAAAUUCAUUAACACUCAAGAAGCUGCUUUUGAUUUUGGUUCUCUUUGGUACUUCUAUGGUGAUUGCUGAUGGUGUUGUCACUCCAGCAAUGUCAGUUAUGUCAGCAUUCAAUGGAUUGAAGGUUGGAAUUUCUAGUGUUGAACAAGAUGAAGUGGUGAUGAUUUCAAUUGCAUCUCUUAUUGUCUUGUUCAGUGUUCAGAGGUUUGGAACAAGCAAAGUGGGGCUUUUAGUGGGUCCUGCAUUAUUCAUAUGGUUUUGCUCACUUGGAGUCGUAGGAAUAUGCAAUCUUCUUAAGUAUGGAACAUAUGUUUUAAGAGCAUUUAGCCCUGUUUAUAUCUACUACUUCUUUAAAAGAAAUCCGACUCAGGCGUGGAUGUCUCUUGGGGGUUGUCUUCUUUGUGCAACUGGGUCCGAGGCAAUGUUUGCUGACCUUUGCUAUUUCUCUGUUAGAUCUGUCCAGCUCACUUUUGUGUUUCUCGUUCUGCCAUGCCUUCUUUUGGGAUACCUUGGUCAGGCUGCAUUCCUUAUGGAAAAUUUAACUGAAAAGCAGCAGGUCUUCUUUUCAUCUAUCCCGAGUGGAGCUUUCUGGCCAGUCUUCUUCAUAGCAACUAUAGCUGCGCUAAUUGCAAGUCGGGCAAUGACAACAGCAACUUUUUCAUGCAUUAAACAAUCAAUAGCUCUUGGUUGUUUUCCUCGACUUAAAAUCAUUCACACAUCUCGAAAGUUCAUGGGCCAAAUAUAUAUUCCAGUGAUGAACUGGUUUCUGCUGGUUUCGUGUGUGGCAUCUGUUGCUACCUUUGGAAGCAUAUAUGAGAUUGGCAAUGCAUAUGGAAUUGCUGAGCUUGGCGUGAUGAUUAUGACCACAAUCUUAGUAACUAUCAUUAUGCUUCUUAUAUGGCAGAUCAACAUUACGUUUGUGUUGUGCUUCUUAACUUUGUUUCUGGGGUUGGAAUUACUUUUUUUCUCUUCAGUUUUGGGCAGUGUGGUGGAUGGAAGCUGGGUGAUGUUGGUUUUUACAGCAGUGUUGUUUUUUAUAAUGUACAUAUGGAAUUAUGGCAGCAAACUUAAGUAUGAAACUGAAGUGAAACAGAAGCUUUCGAUGGAUUUGAUGAUGGAACUGGGUUGUAACCUUGGCACUAUUAGAGCCCCUGGAAUUGGCUUGGUUUACAAUGAGCUGGUUAAAGGAAUCCCUGCAAUCUUUGGUCAUUUCCUGACCACCUUGCCAGCAAUUCAUUCAAUGAUCAUAUUUGUCUGCAUCAAAUAUGUGCCAGUUCCUGUAGUGCCACAGACUGAAAGGUUUCUCUUCAGGAGGGUCUGCCCUAAAAGCUAUCACAUGUUUCGUUGCAUUGCUCGAUACGGCUACAAGGAUGUGCGGAAGGAACAUCACCAGACAUUUGAACAACUUUUGAUUGAAAGCCUUGAGAAGUACAUUCGUCGAGAAGCCCAAGAGCGUUCACUGGAGAGUGAUGAGGAUGCUGACACAGAUUCUGAGAAGGAAGUUUCUUGUUCAAACAUUCUUGUGGCUCCCAACGGCAGCGUCUAUUCCCUUGGUGUUCCACUCCUGGCUGGUUAUAGCCCUAUUGACAAGACACUCUCAGAAGUAAGUACUUCUUUUGAUGAGCCACAUAAUGAGGUUGUGGCAGAUGCGCAACAAAGCCUUGAUCGGGAGCUUUCAUUCAUACACAAGGCAAAAGAGUCAGGGGUGGUUUAUCUUCUUGGGCAUGGUGACAUUAGGGCUAGAAAGGAAUCUUGGUUCAUCAAGAAGCUGGUUAUAAACUACUUCUAUGCUUUCUUGAGAAAAAAUUGCAGAAGAGGUAUUGCAUCGUUGAGUGUUCCCCAUACAAACCUGAUGCAAGUGGGCAUGACUUACAUGGUCUGAUCUCCCAGUUGCUGCCUUUUUCAUGUUGGAGUUAGAUUUUAACAAAUAGAGUUUCUUUCACAUAUGUUUGCGUUUGUUUUGAAGGGUGGCUUUAUUUGUAGUCUCAGCCGACCUGGAUCUUUGAAUGCUAACAAAGCUUUUUCUUUGCCA